AUGAAUAACGACUUGCCCUUAUCAGAUCUGUGUCUUGGCGACGAAAUCACGCGGUAUACGAUUCAGAUGGAUGGAUACUGGCCAUCCAUCCAUUGGCAGGGAUGGGUUCUGCAGUGGCAGUCGUGUACUACAGUCCCUGUCCCGGGACAAAUUACGAGUACUCCGUACGCUAGAUUAAAUGCGUCUAACGGCUGGAUUGUCUUCUGCAGUGCAGGAGACUACAGGAUUGUCAGUGAGGCUCAAGACAGACUUUCUAGAUUUUCUGCAGGAAACUUGGUUGUUCCUCGAACUGUGUCUCUAAUGCUACGUAUCCUUUCCAGAGGUCUCUCGAGACGUCUGCAUAUCGCUUCGAGCUGGCUUUCGACCAGUCACAGUAUUUUGCUAUUGUUGCAGGAACGUAAAUGA